AUGAGGAUGGACUUUCAGAGUGCUAUGGAAACCUUUGCCGAAGCAUGGGUUGCUGCCAACACCAAAGGUGCACCACUAUCAGACAUCACCACCCAGAACCAGGCGCUUGCAUUGACCAGAAGUUGCAAGACACCGCCACCCCCAUUAUCAGCCACGGGACGUUCCAGCAGGGAAUCGGCCGAAAGAGUGGCCACCCCCGCCCAUCCGCACUCCUCCACUCCUGUGGAGACCACGGCAUCUCCGCCUUCCAUCAAAGAAGACUUUGAAAACUCCAAAUCGACAGGUAAAUCGAUUCCAGUGCAUUGUAUCGUGGAAGCGAUCUGCACGUUGGACGAGACGCGCACAUUAAAUCACGGAGUUUGGAGGCGAAGACCUCAAAUCGAGACCGACAGUUACGUGAUCAUACCGAUCGGCACACCGUUUCAUAAUUUGGUGCAGGUCGCACUCCUGCGACUUGGCUAUCCAGGGGAGAGCGCUGCUGCGGCUAAAGGAGCUAUUGUUAUUAAAAAUUGGAAGGCUUUGAGUUUCGAUCAAAUAUCCGAUGAUCCUCUGAUUACCGUGGGAGAUAUUUUGGGAGAACUGUCCACGGUGGCCACUCUGAGGAUCCAGGUGUUUAGGGGAAGGCCCGGAACGUUGUCGGACAUCAAGGACAAGCUGUUGAGAUUUUUGUUGGUGCAAAGCCAUGGGUUGCUGUUAUCCUCUGGAUGCCCUUUGGAUGAGAGCAUGGUAUCGCAAAUAUGCCGCAACAAUUCUAACCCAUCUGGUUCCAUACCAGAAAUAUCCGAGGAAAACCGAAGGAAAUUCGAUCAAUGGUGGUCCAGCCAACAAUUCAGCCCUCAGUCCCCCGUAGCCCGAUCCCAAUUCGUACCCACCUAUCCCAGCCAGUAUUCUGUCCCACCUACCGUGCCCGCUCCUUUGGACCGCUCCCUGGAAGCCGGCCACCCGGCCAUGCAAACCGUGCACAGCCAGUUUCCAACGCAGAAAACUCGAAUGAGAACGAGCUUCGAUCCGGAACUGGAACUUCCGAAGCUCCAGAGAUGGUUCACCGAGAAUCAGCAUCCCAGCAGACAGCAAAUACAGCAGUACGUGAAAGAAUUGAACAGUCUCGAAUCUCGCAGAGGUCGCAAACCGUUGGACGUCAACAACGUCGUCUACUGGUUCAAAAACGCCCGUGCUGCACAAAAACGCGCCGAAAUCAGAAACACGCCGAAUCUACCCUGUCACAUGUCGGUGAAUGGUUACAACAACCAUAGUCCGACCAACGGUACGGGAUUUUUGCUGUCCGAUGGUUACUUGAACUCCGAGCGGUUGACCGAUCAUAGAAUCAAGAAUUUUUCCAAGCGAGGCCCCCACAACUCGCACACUUCCGAUGAGUUUUCGAACGCCGGUUCCGAUUUGGAUGACGAAGAGAUGGCCGACGGUCAACCUUCGAGUCCGUCUCUGCCGUUAUCUCUGACCACGAAAAGGGAGUCCAGGGAAAAUAGCCCACCACCUCCGCCAGACAUACAAGUUGAGCAGUGCAAAGAAGAGCCCAAAGAGGAUCAGCCGAUCAAUUAUUCCCCGGGCGGCGAUCACAUGAACAACAACAAACUGUCGCCGCAAUCCGACAUCGAGGACGACAUCGAGGCCGAAACGGAGUCGAAAAGUCACUCAUUAUCGCAGCGCUUCUGCAAUUCUCCGGAAGAAACGCAGCUGAUCCCGCGCGACGGUUUGGAGCGCAUCGCGGCCGGCUUCCCCAUCGUGCCCAACUCGAUGUUCAGCCACAGCAUCAUGUACAUGAGCCACUACAUCCCGGGACUGUCGCAUUCGGCCACCUCGCCGCCCGGAUCCAGCGCCUUGGGCAUGUCCGGCUUGACCGCCGACGAGCGCAGGAAGCGGAACCGCACUUUCAUCGACCCGGUGACGGAGGUGCCCCGCUUGGAGCAGUGGUUCUCUCUGAACACGCACCCCUCGCACAACUUGAUACUGAAGUACACCGAGGAGCUGAACUGCAUGGCCUACAGGCAGAAGUUUCCCAGAUUGGAGCCGAAAAACGUGCAGUUCUGGUUCAAGAACCGCAGGGCCAAGUGCAAGAGGUUGAAAAUGUCGCUGUUCGACGGCCAGGCGGCCGGGCAGUACCACCACGCCGAGCGCGAUUAA